AUGAGGACGGCGGCGGCCGGCGAUGGCGACCACCCCCUCGCCGCCGCGGCGUCGUCGGCGGCGGAGCACAAGGUGAACCUGUCGGCGCGGCAGCCGUUCGUGCAGGCUCUGCGCACGGGCCUGGCGGAGACGUUCUUCCCCGACGACCCGUUCCGGGGCUUCGGGUGGCGCCCGCCCGCUGCGCGGGCGUGGGGCGCGCUCAAGUACUUCGUGCCGGCCCUGGAGUGGGCGCCGCGGUACAGCGUCGGCAAGUUCAAGUACGACCUCCUCGCCGGCGUCACCAUCGCCAGCCUCGCCAUCCCGCAGGGCAUCAGCUACGCCAAGCUCGCCAACCUCCCGCCCAUCAUCGGCCUCUAUUCCAGUUUCGUGCCGCCACUGCUGUACGCGGUGUUCGGGAGCUCGAACAACCUGGCGGUGGGCACGGUGGCGGCGGCGUCGCUGCUGCUUGCGUCCAUCAUCGAGACGGAGGUCCCGCCGGAAGAGAACCCGCAGCUGUACCUGCAGCUCUUCUACACCGCCGCCUUCUUCACCGGCGUCUUCCAGACCGCACUAGGCGUCUUCAGGUUAGGGCUGAUAGUGGAUUUCCUGUCGCGGUCGACGAUCACCGGGUUCAUGGGCGGCACGGCGGCGAUCAUCAUUAUGCAGCAGCUCAAGGGGAUGCUGGGGAUGAAGCACUUCACGCCCAAGACAGACCUCAUCUCCGUCAUGCGCUCCAUCUUCCAUUACAGGCACGAGUGGAAGUGGCAGAGUGCAGUUCUUGGCAUAUGCUUCCUCCUGCUCUUGUUGUCAAGCAAGCACUUGAGGAAGAAAAGGCCAAAUUUGUUCUGGGUGUCGGCCAUUGCGCCUUUCAUGGUCGUGGUCAUCGGCGGCAUCUUCGCCUUCCUAGUCAAAGGAAACGAGCAUGGCAUCCCAAUUGUUGGCGAUCUGAAGAAAGGGAUCAACCCGCUGUCUAUUUCACAGCUGACGUUUACAGACAAGCACGUCAAUACGGCCGUGAAAGCAGGUUUCUUGUCUGGGAUCCUGGCACUGGCAGAAGGAAUCGCCGUCGGGCGGAGCCUGGCGCUGAUAAAGAACGAGCAGAUCGACGGGAACAAGGAGAUGGUCGCAUUCGGCAUCAUGAACAUCGCCGGGUCCUUCACUUCUUGCUACCUCACCACAGGUCCGUUCUCCAAGUCGGCGGUGAACUUCCACGCCGGGUGCCGGACGCCAAUGUCCAACGUGGUGAUGUCGGUGUGCAUCAUGCUGGUGCUGCUGUUCCUGGCGCCGCUCUUCAAGUACACCCCGCUGGUGGCGCUCUCCUCCAUCAUCGUCGUCGCCAUGAUCGGGCUCAUCAAGGUCAAGGAGUUCUGCCACCUCUACCGGGUGGACAAGUUCGACUUCUGCAUCUGCAUGGUCGCCUUCAUCGGCGUCAUCUUCUUCACCAUGGUCAUCGGCCUCAGUGCAUCGGUGGGCUUGUCAGUGAUCAGGGCACUGUUGCAUGUGGCGAGACCUAAAACCUGCAAGCUCGGAAGCAUCGCGGGAGGCGAGCUCUUCCGCGACGUCAGGCACUACCCGAACGCGAGGAACAUCCCCAACGUCCUCGUUUUGCAGCUGGGAUCUCCGAUAUAUUUCGUCAAUGCAGGUUACUUGCGAGAAAGGAUUUUAAGAUGGGUGGAAGAUGAGGAGAACGCCAGCAAGCUUGACGGGCAAGAUUUGCAAUACGUGGUCCUUGAUCUUGGUGGUGUGACUUCAAUCGACAACACGGGGAUUGGGAUGCUAGUAGAGGUUCACAAGAGCCUUGAUCGUAAAGGGAUCAGGAUAGCGCUGACGAACCCCAGGCUGGAGGUGACAGAGAAGCUGGUGCUGUCUGGGUACAUCAAGGACAUCAUAGGGGAGGAGUGGGUGUUCCUCACGGUGAAGGACGCCAUCACGGCGUGCCGGUACGCGCUCCAGAGAUCUAGAAGCAAGGAAGACGGUGAAGUAUAG